AUGGCCAACAUAGAGAGGGAGCGGCUGGCGAUGGUGCAGGAGGCCGUCGAGGGGAUGAAGCACCCGCCAUUCGUCCGACUGCUCGAGGAGGGGACGACCACCGACCGUCUGAAGCCCGCGUGCCUGUAUGAGGGCCCGAGCAUGAGAAAGUGCCUCGUCGUCUGCAUGGAGGAGCUGCCGAGUGAGCAGGAGAGAGAGAGGGGGAGGGAGGGAGGGAGGGAUGUUGGCUAUUUUCCUUUUUUUUGUCUGUGCAGAGGGCCAGUGGGUGCCGCUUUACGACUACGUCGAAGACAACGACCUGUACAGAAUCCUCUUCCGCCACCAAGGCAAGACCAGGGAAGCGCACGAGGGCAUCCGCAGGGAGCUCCAGCAGCUCAUCAAGGCCUUCAUCAUGGCCUACCGCGCCCACCACUCGUCUCUGCUGCUGCGAGGCGGCAGGCGGGGCUGGACGAGGGCAGGAGGAUGAUCGACAAGGUCGACGAGCAAGCUUGACAGAAGAAGGUAUAUAUGGAUGGAGGAAGCAAGAUAAUAAACGCUCAUUUCUGCCUGCGUCUCUCUCUGGCUGGGUGGUGUGCAGAUCGCUGGCUACAUUCUAUAUUCGAUCGAGGCCGAUGACGACUUGAAUCCCAGUGCAUCGUGUAGCCGUUUUCACGUCGAAGGUGAGCUGUUGAAAUAUGCUAUACUGAUCAACUCGCGUGUACGUGUCUCCUCUCUGUGUGCAGAAGGGUCCCUGGCUGCAUCUCAUAUCUGCGGACUUAUACGCCUGCGAGGCGCCUACUUCAUCCGCGUCUGCGCCCGGCGGCCCGGCAGGUACGAAAGUGAGGGAGAAAGGAAGACGCUGUAGGCAUUUCAUCGUGUCUCUUUUCGUCUGUGUGCUAACGCCCGGCGGCCCCCGAGAGACGUAUGUGCAGUUGGCCAAGCUGCACGACGACUACGGACCCCAGGAAGACGACUACGGACCAACCAAGUGCAUUUCUUGCAAAGGUUCAUCUGCACACACACAAGGGACUUGUUUCGCUGUGUGGGUCUUUUCGAUUUGCAGAUGCACUUCGACGAUAUCGACAUUGAGAAGAACACGAUGUCGAGGGCACGAGAGAGCUGCCGGUGAGCAACAUGACACAUACACACACAUACGGGAGACGCACAAUGUGUGUGUGUGUGGGUAUGUCAACAUCACGCUGUCAGUCAACAUCACGCUCUCCAUGCUGCACGUCCACCGCCACCAUCAGCUCACACACGAGGAUGUUGUGUGUCGCAGCGAUCUCAUUUUGGUAUCGUUGCCUACAGUUUAUAUCAGUUGGCAUGUGACUCGGAUUCUCAUCGAUCAGUGGAGAUGA